AUGGAUUUUCAAGGAAUGGCGAUCAUCGACGACAAUGAAGUGGACAAUUUUGGCAAUAUCCCAGAAGUCCACGGGCCGGACAUAGACAUUACUCUUAACGACAACCUUUCCAGAUCUUCAAAUAACCUUUGUUUGACCUUUUUGCAAAACAUUUUAAUAACAUUCAAAUUUAUGUGGAAAUUCUGUUGUGACGGUUUGUGUGAUUCAAUAUACCGCUGUACGUGCAUUUGCGAUUUCUUUUCGUGUUUUUGGUGUGAUGUGACUUGUUGUCAUUGUUUUCUUAAUUGCAAUUGCUGCAAUUGUGAUUAUUACGACGACACCUGUGAAUGUCCAUUUUACAGCAAAUACUGCUGUGUUCCUUUUCGCCUUAUUUUUUGUUGUAAUUGCAAACACACGUGUUGUGAGAAUUGUUCGCAAGAGCACUUUACAUAUGAUAAUGUGUGGGAUUAUGUUUUCUUCUUUUUUGACAUCUUAUGCGAGUGUUUUGUGGAGUCUUGUGUGUGUUUAUUAAAACCGUUUGUUGCUGUUAUUGUGUUCUUCUUCAAUUUGAUAUGUUGCACUUAUUGUACAUAUGGAGAGUGCAACCAAAAGUGUGCAGAGGGUGUUGGGUGUGUGACAUGUGGGUGUUGUGGAAAUCGAAAUAGAUAUAGCGAUGUAUACCACUAUGUCUGGGACUGCGGUUGUUGUAAAGAGAAGUGGUGUUUUCUGUGCAAUUGCUUGUUGGGUGAUGGAAUGUGUGUAUGCACCCCUUUGUAUAUCUUCUGUUGUCAAUGGAUGAACUUCGAUUGUCACACAUGUUCAGACGAAAACGUUGAGUGUUGUGGGGAAGACUCAAAGGAACAAUGCGAGUAUGCCUGUAAAUGUGACUUGUCAAGAAAAUGCUGCGACUAUAACUUGAGACUUUUGGAUUAA